UUGUAUACACUGUUGAAUUUCAAAAACGCGGAUUGCCUCACGCCCAUAUACUGCUUUUUUUAACAAAGGCAAACAAGUUUCCCGAUCCUUCCGACAUAGAUAAGAUUAUAUCUGCUGAGAUACCUGAUGAGACCUCUGAUCCUUAUUAUUAUGAAGCUGUAAAGGAACACAUGAUCCACGACCCGUGUGGACUGGCCAGAAAGAAUUCUCCGUGCAUGGUUGAUGGGAAAUUCAGUAAACGUUUUCCGAAACCAUUUCUUGAAUUAACUUCUGUUGAUGAUGAGGGCUAUCCGCGGUACAGGCGUAGAGACAAUGGAAGGCAUAUAGAGAAAAAAGGUGUAGUUGUCCAUAACGGUUUUGUCGUGCCCCACAAUCGAAAAUUGUUGAUGAAAUAUGGUGCUCACAUAAAUGUUGAGUGGUGCAAUCAGUCUCGAUCCAUCAAGUACCUGUUCAAAUAUGUCAAUAAGGGCAACGAUCGUGUCACCGCAUCAUUUUAUCAGGCGAGUGGAGACGGAGAGCCGGACAAACCUGUUGACGAGAUUAACAUGUUCUACGACUGUAGAUAUGUUUCUUCUUGCGAGGCUGCUUGGAGGUUGUUGGGUUACGAACUUCAGUACAAAAAACCUCAUGUACAACGUUUGAGUUUCCAUUUGAAAGGCGAACAUUACGUUAUCUUUGAGGAUGAUGAUCGGAUUGAUGAGGUUAUUAGUAAACCCACUGUAAAUGAAAGUCAAUUUUUGGCAUGGAUGGAAGCGAACAAGAUUUAUCCUGAGGCGAGAAAACUUACUUAUGUCGAGGCACCAUCCAAGUUUGUUUGGAACAAAACGUUGAGAGAGUGGACUCCUCGGAUCAGAGAACGCGCUAUAGCCCGUCUGCGUUAUGUUCCUCCUAACGCUGGCGAUAAUUUCUAUUUGAGGUGCUUGGUUAAUGUAAUACGCGGAGCAACUUGCCACGAGGAUUAUAUGAAGGUCGACAACGUUCAAUAUUCAUCGUAUCGUGAUGCUUGCCAUGCCAUGGGUUUGUUGGGUGACGAUCGUGAGUACAUUGAUGGGAUAUCUGAAGCAAGUCAUUGGGCAUCUGCUGAUUCUCUCCGACGUAUGUUUGCAACGUUGUUGGUCUCGGGAUCUUUAGGUAGACCCGAGCACGUAUGGGAAACGUGUUUGGAUUUUCUCUCUGAUGACAUCACUUAUAGGCAACGUAUUCUCUUCAAUAAUGAAAGCUUGCAGCUCAGUGAUGCAGACAAAAAGAAUUUAGCUCUCGCUGAGAUCGAACAUUUGUUGAGACGUCGCGGCACGAGUCUUCGGGAAUAUCCAACAAUGCAUUUUCCUGAUAUGACAAGUUUUACUACAAAUACAAAUCGUUUGAUUCUUGAUGAGCUAAGUUAUGACCGCAAGGCAUUAUCAGUCGAGCACA